AUGGCCAUGGCGAGCGCAUCUCCAGCACCACAAUCCAAUACUCCCAAUGGCCCCACUCAAACCAAUGGCGCGCCGUCGCAACAACUCAGCCGCAAACGAUCACGAGAUGGUACCCAACUCCCAGUCAGUCAACCUGGGAGCGACACUGCGGAUGGCCCACUGCCGGCGCGCGACGAAGUUCUCCUCGAUCGCUACAUCCAACGCGACCUGCGGCACGGUGCGGCGAGGAACGACCAAGCCGAACGAUCGCGCGACCUGCUCAAAGCGAAGGAGAUGGAGAAGGAUUUCUACACUCACGAAGUCGCGUUGCGUCGGAGACAGGAUCCCGCUUCGAUUCACGGGUAUGGAUUUGCGGGAUACGGCAAUGGGACGACCAAUGCGAAGAGCCAGAUCGUGUAUAGUUCGAAUCGUGGGCCGCCGAAGGGCAGACGGUGUAGGCAGCUGCAUGUCAAUCGAAAGGACACCGCGGCGCAGGCUGAUUUGCACGAGGAGUUGGUGCCUGUGAGGUUGGAUAUUGAGCUGGAUAAGCUGAGGUUGAGGGACACAUUUACUUGGAAUCUGCACGAGAAGACGAUAAGUCCGGAAAUGUUCUUGGACUACCUGAUGGAGGAUUUGAAGAUUCCCGGCGAGGCCAUGCCGGAGGUCUCGCGGCAGAUCAGAGCGGAAUUCCAGGACCAGGUGAUCAAUUACUAUCCCCAUAUCAUUGUCGAAGAUGGACCUCUGGAGCCCGGGAGACCAUACAACGAUCACAAGGACGACGAAAUGCGGAUUCAAAUCAAGCUUAAUAUCACGAUUGGGAGAAUCACGUUGGUCGAUCAGUUUGAAUGGGAUAUCAAUAACCCGUUGAAUGUACCGGAAGAGUUUGCGCGGCAGAUGGCUUGGGAGAACGCGCUUAGUGGGGAAUUCACAACAGCCAUUGCGCAUUCGAUCCGGGAGCAGAGUCAGCUGUACACCAAGAGCCUGUUCCUCACCAACCAUUGUUUCGAUGGACGGCCAGCAGAGGAUCCAGAACUACGAGACAGUUUUCUCCCAGCACCUCUCCCGAGUGCGUUCCGAGCACACGCUGCGCAGAAGGAUUUUACGCCGUACAUGUACGAGAUGAGCGAAGCCGAACUGGAGCGAACGGAGACAUCCAUGAUGCGCGAGCACCGUGCGCAAAAACGGCAAUUGAACCGGCGAGGAGGUCCGGCACUGCCAGACUUGAAGGACAGGCAACGAACAGUCCGAUCACUACUCAUUCACUCAGUCAUUCCGGGUGCAGUGGACACGUUCGAGACGACCGGCAUUCCCAAAACCAGACGAGCAGGUGGACGAGGCGGUCGUCGCGGUGGCGCACGCACAGAUGUGGACGCAGACUCAGACGAGCUCGAUAGUGAAGACUCUGCGCCAGAGUCGCCCGCUCCAUCGUCCAUGAUGGCUGCUAACCCCGGCACUGCUCGAACAAGAGGAAUGCGUGGAGCAGCCGCUCAAGCGCAAGCGAAUAUGCGAGCUGGAUAUGGCCGAUCUCAGACUCCCGAUUCUCAACUCCUCGCUACACCCCACGACACAGCGCAGCGAUCUUCGGCAAGACGUAGCAUGCUCCGCGAAGAAAGCGUAGCCGAUGAAGGGGAACAAUUAAUCGUCCGACUGCGAAUUGGCAAGGCGAAACUGAAAGCGUUCUGGGACGACUACCGAGCGAAGAAGCGCGCGAGCGAGUAUCCGCUAUCAGCCGCCGCAGCAGAAAGAAGUAACCUACGACUCCAAAGGCGCAGUAGAAAUGGCCCGCUGGCCAGCCCCAGACGAAGCACCCGUAAGUCCUCUCACUCCCUCAUGCCCCAUCCCCUCCCAACUAACACAAACUCACAGCCUCCACCACCCCCCUGGCUCACCUCAGCCAUAACCUCCCUCCGCCAACGCUACCCCUCCGACAAUUUCCACCCCUUAAUGAAAGCCUACGCCCUGCACACCACGGCCUCGGGCGCCGAAGAACUCAAACCAUGCGGAAACUUCUCCCCCGACCUCGUUCGACCGGGAGAUCUCCCUCCGCAGGGCAUGACGUGUAAGUGGUUGCCGAGGAUUCGGUGUGUGGAUUGUCCGGGGAAAUUGUAUACGGCUGUGGAGGGUAGGGUGGCGGGGGAUUUCGAGGUGCAUUUGAAGAAUCGGAAGCAUUUGGCUAUGGUUGCCAAGAGGGUGGAGGAGGAAGAAGGGGGGAGCAGAUGCCAAUAUAGGUGGUGGUGGUGGAGGAGGUUGUUGAGAAGGAGUCGGUUUUGCUGGUGA